AUUUUCAUUUCUAUUUAUUUCUUCUAAUUUUAUUUCUGUAUAGUAUCUCUAGAUAGAAUUUCAUUAAAAUAGUAUGUUUUUCUCAAAUGAAACUUAUCUGUCCUUAUAUAUCGGCUAAUACAGCAAAAACACAGCACUUCCGCUCGUAACGCUGAACAAUGCAGUUGUAGAUGGCGCUUUGUGUUUGAUUCGGACUCCAUACAAGGAAUCCAUAAUGGAUGUGUUUUUAAUGAUAAGGCGCAGGAAGUGUACCAUCUUCACUGAUGCAAAGGAGUCUACCACAGUACAUGAAGUAAAGAAAAUAAUAGAGGGUAUACUAAAAACCAGACCAGAUGAUCAGAAGCUUUAUAAAGAUGACCAGCCCUUAGAUGACAAUAAAACACUUGGUGAUUAUGGAUUCACAUUUGCCACAGCAAGAGCACAGGCACCAGCAACAAUUGGUUUGGCUUUUAGACAGGAAGAUGGAGAAUUUGAAGCUUUGGAAGUGACACCAUUGUCCAGUCCCCCAGAACUCCCAGAUGUCAUGAAGCCACAAGAUUCCACUUCACAUGCACAAGAACAAACAGCAUCGUAAUCACUUUAGCUGUAGAAAUAGUGUUUAUGUACAAUUCUUACUGAUUUUCCACCAAACUUUAACACAUUAAGAGAAAAAAUUAAAACUUGUUAGUAUACCCUGAUUAGUAUUGGAAGAUGGUAUAAAUUCUGGAUAUAUUUAAUCAAUAAUGCUUAGUCAUCUUACAAUGGAAGAAAGAUAAUGUUUCUCAUGUAGAUUUGUUUUCUUUAUUUAUUAACAUUUUGUUUUGAACAGUACUACAGAAUACAAUGUAUGUUACUGGUAUCCUUUUGUUCGAGAUAUUACACAACUUUCCAUUCAGUGUUUGUUACGAUCGCGAAGUGGGUUUGCUUUGUGUGUAUGUGUGUGUGUGGUGGCCUUUUAAAGACCACUUGAUGAAUGAGACAGUAAAUUUUAAGCUAACAUUUAAGAAAUAAACUAAAGUACAUUGGUUAAGUGUAACAUUCUCUUUGUCAUUGUUGAUCCCACAAUUCUAUCUCACAAGAAAUAAAUUAAAGAUCUCUAUCAAGUAAGGUAUUGUGCAUUAAAUGUUGGUAAAGUUUCAAAUAAAAACGUAAUAUUUUGAAAGCAUUUGAAUAGAGUCUACCUCUGGUUCAUAUUUGAAAAGCAGUUAUACUACCCGGUACAUGUAUAAUACUUCAACAUAAAACUGUAGAAUAUUGAUGGCCGCUUAUUGAAGGAGGUUGAAAAAAUCUGAUCAGAAUAUAUAUAUAUAUAUGUUAUGUGUAUAUGUAGAGUUUUUGUUUUUAAUGAUUUACACCAUGUUGUGGACUUGUGAUAUCCUUUGAAUAAUAUCUAUAUUUCACUGAAAAGUAGCAGGGUUAAUUCAUUAAUGUGCACAAAGCAAAAGAAUAACUGUUAUAUAAUAUUUGUAUGCUUAAGCAAUAUAAUGUGCAUUAUAUCUGAUUUGAAAGUUUGUUUUAGGGUAUUUCUGUGUCAAACUCAACCUAAAUUACUGAAUUAGGAAUGGGGCACUCUAUGAUAAUUGAAAGUUGUAAAACAGUGUUGAAAUCAAUUUCAAAGAACUUAGAAAAUCAAAGGUAACAAUGUUAUUGACAAAAAUUUGACAUUUAGAUUCAAUAUCAAUUGAUCAAAAUAAUUGACAUACAUGUAGAUGAAGGUGUUAGGAUUUGUACCUUUUCAUAAUACCGGUAUAUGGAUAUAAUGAUGGUCCAUGUGUAUCAAACAAUCAUUUCUGUCCUAUAAGAAAACAUUUUAUUCAGAUUCAAAUUAAUAUUUAUAUCAAAAGGAGAAUUUGAAAUUUAAUAGAUACUAAAAUUCACUGAUGCUUACAAGUUACAGCGAGUUAGAUAGAAACAAGUUACUGGUAUCAAGCAUAAGUUUUUGUUGAUGCUGGAAAGUAAAUCUAUUUUGACAUAUCUUUUUCGUGGUGAUAGUGAAACGAACUGUACAAAUGUUCUUUUAAUUUUGUAAAUGUAUUCAACAUUUCAUUUCAUGUUGCCUGCAACCUGACAUGUUUUAGUGGUUUGCCAGUUGAUGAGAAAGGAAUUUUUUCUCCCAUUUCUACAAUAUUAAAAUAAUUUUGUAUAUUACUGUUGGUACAAAUUCAAGCAGUAAGCACCUUUAGCAGUGUCAAAAUCAUCUCCAAUAAAUAUUUAUGUCCUAUUUUCCAUCUUUUUCUUUUUUAUUCAUCUUUUCAAAUUCCUUGUUUUUAACUUGGAAAUUGCCAUAAUGGAAAUGAACUCCAUUAAUAUUUCUUCAAGAUGUUUAUUUUGUUUUUAUUCCACCAUUCUAAUCGUUGUAUUGGACUGAAUAAGUGAAGGUCAAUUAAAAUAUCUUAUAAGUA